CACUUCAGCACCUGAAUGGUGGGGAGAGGGGGAAGCAACUUCUGGUCUUCUAUUAUUUAACUAAUUUUCCUCCACUCUGUGGCUUUGCAUAUCAUCACAGCUGUGCUUCACCUACAAACUGCUAAGAUGUCCAGGGUAGCAAAAUACAGAAGGCAAGUCAGUGAAGAUCCAGAUAUUGAUAGCUUAUUGUCUACUUUGUCUCCAGAGGAGAUGGAAGAGCUAGAAAAGGAGUUGGAUGUGGCUGAUCCGGAUGGAAGUAUCCCUGUGGGACUCAGGCAGAGAAACCAAACUGACAAGCACUCAACUGGCUUAUACAACCGAGAAGCAAUGCUCAACUACUGUGAAAAGGAGACGAAGAAACUUAUUCAGCGGGAACUGUCAGUGGACGAAGGGACGCCAGCAGAGAGGAAGAGAGACCCCAGGAACCUGGAAGGAAAGGACAAGGAAGCUCGUUCCCAAGACCUUGUCAGGAAACGAGACUUUGAUCUGGGAAAAGAACGUAACAAAGGAGAAUGUGCUCAGAAAACAAGUUACAAAGGAAAGGAAGAAUUAGAGAGUAAAUGCAAUGAAAAACCCAAAGGAGAAAAGGCCCCCAAGGACAAAGACAAGACCAUUGACAAAAAACUCAUAGGAAAGGACAGAAAGGAAGAAGAGAAGAGUGCAGCACCAAAGAAAGAGCUAGGAAAGGACAGAAAGGAAGAAGAGAAGAGUGCAGCACCAAAGAAAGAGCUAGGAAGGAAUAGAAAAGGAGGAGAAAAGGAGAGUAAAGAAGAAGAAAGGUGUUCAGCUUUAAAGAAAUACUCAAAGGUUGAUAGUAAGGAGAAAUCACUUACAGACUCCAAAGGUGUCACUGAGGAAAAGGCUCCUCUAGCACCAGAGACAGAGCCUAAACAGAUCCCAGAAAACAGCUCCUUAAAACCUGUGGAUAGCCCCCCAAGCCAGACCAAGGAAGAGGAAGAAGCAGCCUCCAGUAUCUUUGAUGAGCCCUUAGAAAGAGUGAAGAAUAAUGAUCCAGAGAUGACAGAAGUCAAUGUCAAUAACUCCGACUGCAUCACUGGUGAAAUCCUGGUGCGCUUCACAGAGGCCUUGGAAUUUAACACCAUGGUCAAAGUGUUUUCACUGGCCAAUACCCGUGCUGAUGACCAUGUCGCAUUUGCCAUCGCCAUUAUGUUGAAGUCAAACAAGACACUAACCAGUAUCAAUCUGGACUCUAACCACAUCACAGGUAAAGGGAUCCUGGCCAUCUUCCGUGCGCUGCUGCAGAACAACACCCUGACAGAGCUGCGUUUCCAUAACCAGAGACACAUCUGCGGGGGGAAGACAGAGAUGGAGAUAGCCAAGCUACUGAAGGAGAAUACCACCCUCCUGAAGCUGGGCUAUCAUUUUGAACUGGCAGGUCCCCGCAUGACAGUCACAAACCUGCUGAGUAGGAACAUGGACAAGCAGAGGCAGAAACGGCUGCAGGAACAGAAGCAGGUUCAGGAACGUAGCGAGAAGAAGGACCUGCUAGAGGUGCCAAAGGCAGGCGGCUUGCUAAAGGGGUCCCCCAAGCCUUCGCCACAGUCAUCCCCAAAAUCUUCCCCGUGGUCUUCCCCUAAAAGUUCUCCUAAGAAGGGUGGGCCUCCGGCUGCACCUCCCCCACCCCCACCUCCACUAGCCCCACCCCUGAUCAAUGAAAAUAUAAGGAAUUCUCUCUCUCCAGCCACCCAGAGGAAGAUGGUGGAGAAGGCACUUCCUGCUCAGGAGAAGAACUCAAGGGACCAGCUAUUGGCGGCCAUUCGAUCCAGCAAUGUCAAACAGCUAAAGAAGGUGGAGGUCCCAAAACUAUUGCAAUAGGACAUGGAAGCUGGAUCUCCCGCAUGGAUGAGACCUGUGGCAGAAAAUAGGACAUUAGCCUUUCUUAUGACUGUUUACAUGACCAGUCCUUGGGGACUCUGCAGUGGCCACCUGCCUGCCCCAGAGCUGGAGGAGCAGUGUUCUCUGUGGGGUCCAACUGAGGGGGGCAGCCCUGAGAAGGGCCCUGGGGUCAUUGGAUGCAGUGUGUGCGGCAGACCUGGUAUUCAUUUUUACAAUUUUAAAAAUCUUAAAGCUCUUUCUUUUAGCCAGCACCAGCAUGCGACGUGCCAGUGCAAGAUGGGGGCAGGGUUACAGGAAUGGGGGGAGGGUGUUUGUUCCUGUUGCUGCUGACAGAGUUUGGAGCGUGAGUAGUUACCAAGUGCAGCAGAUGCAGGAUGGAUGUCCCUAAAUGUCUGGGUCCACAUCUCCAGAACCACGUGGCUCUGCCAAUACAGAACAGCACACAAACAGCAACCGGCACCCCAAAGAGCCUUGCUUUGCUCUCAGCUUGGAGUCUGUCGGGCAGAACUGGCAGCGGGACAUUGUCUAGAGUGAUGCAGAGCCAAACUCAGGAAAAUGCUUGGGGGAGAAAUGAAUUGCCAUUCCUCUCUGCGGGUUCAGGAUCUCCAGUGCCCUGAAAAGGAAAAGGGAACGUACAGUGCAAGGGGAGAGACGCUGACUACCACAGACAGUUAGUAUUGGCUGAAUGUGUUGCGGGGGGCUGGGGAGAUACACCUGAUGCUGAUAUUUUGUGUAAAGAAAUAACUGAAAUUUGCAGAGGGCUGGCCCAGAGAUGUCACCUCCCCCCAGUAUCUUCAGGGCUCAGUGCAGCCACUGUCUAGUGCCAUGCUUUACAUGACUGAUCCUGCUGUCACUGUGCUGCUGCCCUUAGUGCUGGACACACAUGGUGGGGACUGGCAAGCAGAAAGCAGGGUUUUUGCUGAGAGAACACUGCUCCUGGUUUUCAGACCCAGCUGCCCAUGAGGGAGGCACUGGGAAGGAUGUGCUUGGCUUGCAGGCUGUAGCCCAGCAUACCCAGAGCCCUCACUUUGCAUGUGACAUGUGUGUGCUCUAGCUCAGCUUUGUCAAUGGCCGUGGGGCUGUGCGUGCUCCCCACCCACCUGCCCUUCAGCUGAGCACAAUGGAGGGCAGGUUCAGAGGUGGCGCUAGCACAUGUACCUCAGGGGCAGCCCAGCCUGGCUGACGCACACUCUGCUUUUCUCGGGAGUGCAGGCAACUGGAUUUGUCUCGCUAUUGGCUUCACAGACUGUAACUUUCCAAGGAGGCUCUGAACUCCCAGGAGAUUUGCUGACCUUAGCACAGGAACAGCUGCAGCUGCAGUGCUGCUUUCCAAUGGCCCCUAAUCCCCUGGAAGAAAUGGCUCAGGGUUAAUGAUCAGAGUUGCUCCUUGUGCACCACUCAGUGUGGAGUGAAAAGUGUGUGGGGAUGAGGGGCCUGUGUGCCAGUGGAGGGGGGUGUCUGUCAGUGGAGCAGAGGAGGGUGGGGUCUGUGCUGGGUGGGACAGCAGGAGGGUGGGUCCUGUGCUGGUGGAGCAGAAGCAGGGGAGUCUGCACCAGUAGAGAGAGCGGGGAGGUCUGCCCCAGUGGCUCAGGGACUGGG